AUGGCUCGUUCCAGCCCAGGAAGAGACGGCGAUUGUAAAGAGCGAAGAAACGAAGCCGCGUGCCCUAACCUAGCCUAUCUAAUGCAGCAGAUGCAUGCUCGGCCAAGGGAACGAGGCGACGAUCGUGCAUUCAUCAGCGUAAACGACGGCGGUGGCCCGAAGCGAGUGUUUCCAUUCCAGCCAACCCCGAGCGGUAACCUGAAGAUCGUUCCUAAUCAGGUGGUGUUCGAAUCGAAGAAGGUUAGCGUGCUGGUCGCUGAUCCGCGACACACGAAGGUUAACGUCAAGGCCGAGCUAAAUAGAGCCGGAAACGAGCUCGGUGGACGCGUUUCCGAGUCCUCAGCGCGACCCAGGCUCGUCGAUCUUCCGCCGGGUGUCUCAUCGUCCACGAUCAAUCAGUUACAGGCUCAGAAGAAACUGCCAGCUGUCGACGACGAGUACAGGCCCGCGAAGCAUCCGUUCAAAGCGAAGAUCGGCCAAGCGGAGAUGAUGGAACAGAAACAGCAGCAACAGCAGCAUCCAGCCACGUCAGCGUCUUACGAAACACCGUUGUUGCAGGAGGUGCCACUCUCCACACUCGGAUUUACGAGUGAACAGCCAAUCGAUUGGGAUAACAUAAUUCUCCCGGAGAAGACCGACCUGUAUCAGGAGUUAGCCAGGCGUAUCACAAAUUACAAGAACGCCGAUUGUAUCGUGCGAAUCGAUCAGGACGAGUUCCAUUGCCACCUGCUGGUGUUGCAGAGCUACAGCAGCUUUUUCGACGAGAAGAAUUGCAAGGAGAUCGAUUUGACCGGGAGCGACGUGUCCUCGAAGGCUUUCUCGAUCAUCUACGACUGGAUGAUCAGCUCGCAGAACGAGAGCUACCGCCUUUUGCAGAGGGACAACAUUCUAGAGAUCUUCAUCACUGCUCAGUAUCUCGAAAUUAAAGAACUGGAAGAACAAUGCUGGGCUUUCAUAGACAACGACGAGUUGUUCACAGAGGACACCGCGUUUCUGUUGUACCUGGAGGCGAAGAAGAUUCGAAACACCGCGGUUAUGGAACUGAUGGUGCCGAGAAUUAUGAAAUUCUUCCUGAUGCUCGUCGGCACUAAAGACUUUCUCGAGCUGUCCAUGGACGAACUGUGUCUUUUGUUGAAGUCGAAUUACAUUUCUGUCAAUAGCGAAAUGGAGGUUUUAAUGUCCGCUGUACGAUGGUUGAUGUACGACUGGGAGAACAGAAAGCAAUACAUGCUGGAUGUAUUAAAAUGCAUUAGAUUUGGAUUGAUCGCGCCGUGGCAGUUGGUGGAUGUCAAGAGGAAUCCAGAAAAUCCCGAAUUUAUGGAGCUAAUGUCUUAUCCGGAGGUGCAAAAGAUGGUCGACGAUGGUUUAGCUUUUGUCAUUAUAAAAUAUUGGUACGGUAAUCAAACGGAGGAUUACUAUCAUUGGAUCGACCUAUUGGGUCUCUCAGAACCGACGAAUCGAAAUUGGGCUGGAGAGGACAAGAACUACGUGACGUAUCGAGAAUUUUUGCUGUACCUCGAGGAAUAUCAGAGAACGAAACUUUCAGAGCUGAAAGCACCAAAAAUACGUCCAAACAAAACACCCACGAAUUCACCCCAUAACGAUUACUCGUUUCCGCCUACUAGAGUGCCUAACAACUACGUUCAGAGCUCCGGUAUAAAAUAUGAAACGAAAUUAUUUAAUCUGUUAGGCGACAACGGCGCAAUUCACAACGACACAGCGAUGCAUUCGAGGCACUCGAAACCAGCACCGCCGAAUUAUUUGCCAGUGGAGAUGCCUGAGGGCAUGAUGAUGCCUCCGAAAUUAAUGAACGAGUACUUGAGCAACCUGGAGAGAAGCAAAGGGAGUGAGGAGAGAACAAUCGUCUUCGAUACAAGAUUCGGUGGCGGAGAAUCGCCGAGGCUUUCCUGCAGACCGUCAAUCAACGAGAAACACACGAUGGAAGAGUGUCAGCGCAGCGUGAAUUCAUCGGACGUCGAUAAAUUGGAUUACGAGAGCCGGCAGGAGAAGAACGCGGCGGAUGUUUGCCGGUGCCAGCAGCAGCAGCGCGAGUCGAAUUUCAUAGACUCUGGUAAAUCCGAGGAAGAGGCAGCCACCACGAUACAGGCUGUCUACAGAGGAUACAAGACGCGGCGAAAACUCGACGAAAUAAAGAAAUCGACAUCUGGAGAGAAGCAGCAUAUGAAGAAGGUAGUGCAACUUUUGGGCAUUCCGAUGGACGAAACGUUUCGCAAUCCCUCGAUGGAGCCCAUCAGAAUUUCAAACAGUUCAGCAAACCAAAUGAGAAAGGAGAAGGACGAAACACAGCGCGCGUCGAGUCCCAGAAAGAGGAGCAAGGAACCGUCGAUCCUUCGACUUCAAAAUCAACGUUGCAUCGAGGAUCCGUCGAAUCAGUUCGAUGCUAGUAGUGCCGCUUGUUACACGAUCGAGGAACAAAGAAAACAGGAAAUUCCGCAAAAUUCGACGAGCCAACGAGAAACAUUGAAAUCCAUCAAGACUAUAAAGGCACCGGUGUUUUUCUCGCAUUACGACGAAAGAACCAGUUCCCCAUCAGAUAACACAGACACGGACGAUCCUUUCUCUCCGCGGACCGACGCGAAAUCGACGACCACUGAUUUCGAUAAUGGCGUCGCGAUCGACGAGGAGAAGAACCGAAUGAGUUAUCCGGACAGCGAGAAUAUUCAGCGAACAAAAUUUACCGCUAGAAGUAACCAGAUUCGAGCAUCGAACUACAAGCCACCUCUCCCGCAAAGGAUCAGUAGCAGCAUGAUAGCUUCGAACGCGAACAGCUAUUUCCUCGACAGUUCUCUGUACUUUCCUGACCGAGAGUCAAUCCUAGUGUUCGGCGGUGUCGAUCCACACGAGGAAUACGGUCGAAUCGGAAACACCGGCAAGAACAUAUACAGAUUUAAGCCUGACGAGAACAUUUGGGAGUUCGUGGGGGAAAUUCCACUGGCGCGACAUCACCAUUCGGUCGCUUACCUAAGAGGCCGUAUUUACUUAGUGGGAGGUGCAGAUCCCCUGGAAGACAAACUUCUCAGGAAGAGCAUCGCGGUUGGAAACGUAUGGAGUUACGACCCAACUACCAGGACUUGGUUCAAAGAACCUGGAAUGCUGACAGCCAGAAAGGACUUCGGAUUGGUGGUCAGCCACGGGAGAAUGUACGCGAUAGGAGGGCAAGGCAGGAACGGGAUAGCUUUGAAGACAGUAGAGGCUUUCGAUCCCACGGAUUCCACGUGGAGGGAAGUGCAACCGAUGCAGACCGCGCGGGUUGGACCGGCCAGCGUGAAAUAUCGGGAUUUUAUCUGGGUCGCUGGCGGGAUGACAAAAUCGAAAAAGGAGCUAUUCUCGAAGGACGUGGAGUGCUACGACCCGAUCAACAAUUUAUGGCUGAAAACGGUGCCUUUGAGGUCGCCAAGGUGCUUUGCCUCCUUCUACGUCUUGUCUGAUUGUCUUUACAUGAUCGGCGGAGCCUCGACUACGGAGAACGCCACUCAAAGCGUGGACAGUGUGGACGUUUGGGACGGAAACGAUUGCGUUUGGAGGGAACACGCGACAAUGUCGAUCGCUAGACACGGACAUUCUAUCGGUUCGAUAGGUGAUCAAUUGUUGAUAAUUGGAGGAGUCACCACGGUAUUCAUGAAGACCCUGAGCAGCGUUGAAUGUUACUGUUGCAACAUAGGGAAGUGGAUGAAGGGCGUAUCCGCGUUGCCGCAUCCGGUUUCCGGUCACGGAACCGUGUCUCUACCUCCGGCUAAUCUUCUGAUAAAUCACUGA